AUGAAUACCAAUAAAUCUUAAGAAACAUCUCAGUCAUAAGUUAUAUUCAUAAUGGAAAGUCAACCAUAACUGACUGUUUGCUCAAUAAUUCUGGACUAAUUUCAAAUUAAUACGACAUAAAAAAAUACCGAGACUAAAGAGUAGUUUUUGAUAUAUUUGAUUGACACUUCAGGACAUUUAGACUUUAGUUCAGAAGUAACAGCUGCUCUUAGAGUAACUGAUGGUGCUUUUAGUUGUAGUGGAUUAUGCGGAAGGAGUCUGUUGGUAUACUGA